CAUGUGCACAGUGCUCUUAAAUGGGAAAUUGGUGAGGGGAUGAAACUCAACUUUUUUACUUCUUAUUUACUAUUGAUCAAAUGAAACUCUCAGAAUGUAGUGCAAAAUAGGCCCUUCGUUUCCUGCUGCUUUGAUUUUUGCAUCAGACUCCCACAAGGUUUGUUGGAUUGCUUCUCGACUUAGCUUAACUACCCGCAAAUAGCUGGCUUUUGUAAAUAUAUGUUGUUGCGAGUAGGUGAGGAAGGUGAUCAGACAGCCAAGGCUUUCUUUUGUUUAUAUGCGUACGGAUUGAAAUGUAAAUACACCUGAAGAAGAAAUAAGUUUACUCUCUUCUUUUCCUGGGGUCUGAUCAUUGCAUUUAGUUUAGUAGUGAAAUCAAGUUAAGGAUACCGAUGGCUGAUCAUCAAAGAAUUCAUCCUGCUGUGGAUGUGGAGGCGCCACCAUCACCAAUAGUGCUGCCUAUGGUGCCUCAUGGACACCAGAGUUCUUCAACAAUUACACAAAAAGAGAUGAAAGAGAAAGGUAUAGGUACUAGUCCUGUUGAUCAACAGCAUCGCCCUCCAUUAGGUUUACGACCAUCACAAGUUGCGCGUGCCAUUCCUGUAAUCCCUGCAGAGCCGAAGCAACCAGAAAAGAGGAGCUCAUCAUCUAGUUGUUGCAGAUGUAUAUGUUGGGCACUGAGCAUCCUUCUCCUUGUAUUGAUCAUAAUAGGAGCCACCGGUGGAAUACUUUAUCUCAUCUUCCGCCCGAAACUUCCAAGCUACUCUGUUAAUAGCUUGAAGAUAAGCGAUUUAAGGCUCAAUUUGGACAUGAGCCUAUAUGCCAAAUUCGACGUGAAGAUAACAGCUAACAACCCAAACAAGAAGAUUGGGAUUUAUUAUGAGCAAGGUGGCCGGUUGAGCGUGUGGUAUACAAACAUGAGGCUUUGUGAAGGGGCACUGCCAAAGUUUUACCAAGGUCACCAGAACAAAACAGUACUCAAUGUGGCCUUGACUGGCCAAAACCAAUACGGAAACACAUUGAUGAAUGCACUGCAACAGCAACAACAAACUGGAAGCAUCCCCUUGGAUCUUAAGGUUGAUGCACCUGUAGCAAUUCAACUGGGGACACUGAAGCUCAGGAAGGUCAGGAUCUUGGGGCAGUGUUUGUUGGUUGCGGAUAGCCUCACCGCUAAUAAUUUCAUUAGCAUAAAAGCUAAUAAUUGUAGAUUUAGAUUGAAGCCUUGAGUUAAUUUAGCACAACUGAAUCUUCAAUUUUGGGGAUUGGGAUAGGGAGCUGUUUCAAUUUUCAUCCUAUGUAGUAUUUUAAUCUACUUACUGAGAUGGAAUGUUUGAUUAUUUUUAAUC